UGUUUAUUUUUUUCCCUUAGCCAAUCGGACCGGUUCAAUAAAAUUCAACGUAAACGCGGUGGUUUCUUUCGGUCGUUCGUCGUUUCUGCGCGAAAUGGCUCUUAAAUUGUCGGGUUGCAUUUUGAUCGUUGCUCUGCUUACGGGUCAGUGUUCGUUGGGCAGCAAAUACGGACACGCGGGCUUCAAGGAAGCCGGUUACCAACUGGACUUGAGAGAAAUACAGCGGCAAAAUCAAAUCACGAAACAGAUUUUUCAAAAUUUCAUCGAGACGAGUUUGUACGGGAAGCGGUCGUCGAGAAUACCGAGUCUCUGGGAAAUACUGCCGGCACGUAGCAGGACGGCCGACAAUAUACAGGGGUUGCUAAGCAACGGGACACACGAAAACGACAAAGAGACGCUAGAAAGUGACGAAAGCGAGACAAUUUCUUCCUAUUACGACACCUACGACGAUCGAGAUUGCCCGAAUUGCAUAGAAGAUGCGCUACCGCAAAUGAACAGAUGGACGAUGCCUCUUUUGAAGCUGGGCGAAAAACGAUACUAUCUAGGAAUAUUUUUCAAGGCGAAUUAUUACCGAGCCACCCAGUAUUGCAGAUUUCACGGAAUGCACCUAGCCAGUAUAACUUCGCAGGAAGAAAAUGACAAACUCGAAAAAUACAUCAAAGACUUUGGAUUCGGAAACGAACAUUUCUGGACGUCGGGCACGGAUCUGGCCGAGGAGGGCAACUUCUUCUGGCUGUCCACCGGUCGACCGAUCACCUUCACCAAUUGGAACGCUGGCGAACCGAACAAUUUCGAAUACGAAAACGGCGAACAAGAGAAUUGCCUCGAACUGUGGAACAGGGACGGCAAAGGUUUGAAGUGGAACGACUCUCCUUGCUCGUUCGAAACGUAUUUCGUAUGCGAGGUGCAGCAGUAGUUUAUUCUUUGCUGGCUCAAAGUCAAUCUAGUUGUGAUAAUAUUGCGGUAAGGUUUGACCACCCGGUAUCGAGUAGCGGCGAGAGUGAGUAAAACAAUAUGGCGUGGAUUUGUGUUAUGAAAAACCAUGACUCUCGAGUUACUUCCGCCAGACAUUAACUCGAGAGGCCAGUUAUGCGGUUGUCAUUGUAAAUAUUUUCUGUUAUCGUCGUCUUAUGUCCUAGACGUUUGUUGGUCGGCAGGAUGGGUGCGCAUAUUAAUUAUUUGGGACUUUUUGCACCGCUUACUUCGACAACAUUUUACUGAUGAUGGGAAAUAACGUUUCUCCUUACUAAGUUCUUCUUCUACUUCUAUGGGCUUUGCUGCAAGACAAUUUGCCAGUAUGAGUGAUUCAUUAAAGUGAAAUGCAAAGAACACGAGGUGUAAAUUUUUGUAUUGAUUUCCUUUUCAAGUUUUUUAAAAUAUUUGAAAAUAAAUGCUGAACUUAAAUCCCAAUAUAUGAGUGCAAUUCAAGAACAAUUUUAGGGCCCUAAUACUAAAGACUGUUACAAUAAGAUUGUGUUCAAGAAAAGGGGGUUUGCCCAAAACUGGUGGUUUAAAUACCUUUUUGCAUCUUAAAACUACAUCAAUUAUAUUUUCCGUUGCGAUAACCAUUUUUUUAACAAAAGAAAACAUAGUUAACCUUACUUAUUGACAUGAUUUCAACAAAAACAGCAGCAAAGCGGGCAAAAGCUACAAAAGUUAGGACGAAAACAACGUCACAAAAAUUACGUCAUAAGUGCUAAUAGCCAGUAAGUAACAAAAUGGUGAAAUUUCCAAAGAGGUGCAAGAAGUCCCUAUUAUUAUUGUUUAAUUUAUCGAUAUAGCGGAUAACUCGAAACGGGUUCUUAUCUACGCAAUCUACGCGUGACAGGGAUGUGAUUCUGCGGUUUCUCCUAUAGUAUUUUUACGUUAUGUUUAGAGCGACGUCAUGCAGACAAAAUUUACUGCGUUGUCGUAAGUUAAAAGGUCGUUCUUAGACCAGCAAUAUAUUAUACCCAAGAUUCAUAUGACAGAAUGUAAAACCACUAGGUUGUCAGGAAAAUAUUUGUAUCCUUUACACUUGGAAACACGUACUGAUUUGCUCUAAAGAAUAAUAUUCUUAGCUAAAUUUCUUGAAAUAUAAACAUUUCAUCAAGUACGACCAAUGACUUCGCUGUAAACUUAUAGUGAGAACACUAUAAUUGAAACUUGAAAUGUUAUUUAUGUUUAUUUUUUAUCUUUAAUGAUGUUACCAUACCUUAAAUCUGGGUCCAGUAGGGAUUUGUAUUGUAUACAACCUUUAAGUUACUUACUUAGGGCCCAGUAAGUGUAAAACUCGGAUAUCCUAAGUUUCCUAAAUUUAUUUCUUUCGACGCAGAACUUUCGUUUUGAAACAAAAAUUAAUUCCAUCAAGUGUCAAUUUUCAGCAUUUUUCGAAUAUUGAAGUAUUAAUGUCGUCGAAAGAGACAUUAAUACUUCAGAGACAGAGAAAUUUGGGAUCUGAUCUUUAUAAAUGCAGCUUGUCAGAUUGAAAAAAAUUAACAAGAAUGAGAAUUUUCUUAAUUUUCUUUGGUUAGUGUUUUAAUUUUGCAAGUGAAAACGUGUUUAUACAAAAUUUUAUCCCAAUACUGAUGGCUUCAUUAUUUUAACGAGUAAGUCAUUGUUUUUUCUUACAUCCCUCAAUCUUAAAAUAACUAGUCGUAGUUAUAUAUUAAAACCAUUGUGUUGAAAUCGUGUACCUACUUAGAUAGUCUAACCUCGACUGUAGCCUAAACUUAAUCCAGUCAAUUGUACCAACGUACGGUAUAAAAAUAAAAAUCACGCCCUGUGUUGUAAUUUACUCGCACCAAACAUUGAUAUUGUUAUCCUUAAAAGGGAAUCAAUCAAACCGUAAAUGGCGGCCUGGGAUGUCGUAAACUAGAAAAUCGAAGUCUCAAGCAAAUUAAAAGCCCUUCGUUCUCCCUUAUUCAGGUGUUCGCCUUUAUAUUUACUCGAUCCUACGACAACAAAUUAAUUCGGAAAGUCGUUUUCGGUACACGUUUGACCUUUUUAUCCCCGUCCAAUUUCUGAUUCUUCUCGUCCAGGGCAAUUUUGACCUAUAAGUUUUAAGGGCGGAGAAACUGUUUAGCGGGGUCUUAGUUAAUCCCCGGUUAUUUGAUACGAUCCAGGAAUAACAGAUUUACACUUUUAAUAAAAACGUCGCCCCUUUUAUCAACAUCCAAGGUUUCGGAAAAUUACGCAUGGAGGGUUAGAAUAUUUAUAAUUUUCAAAUAAAGAGCAACACGGUCAUUUAAUAUUUACAUGAGCGAUAUCAAGUUCUAAGCG